GUAGCGCAGAGGCUCUGUCGGCGGACAAGACAAGCCGGCUCCGAAAAAGGCCCAGCCAAAAAUUUCCCUCCACCAAAACUGACCACCAAGAUACCGUAUCUUGGACGGAUUUGGAGCUGCCCACGUGCAAAGCGAAGAACUAUCGAAAACACCUUUAAUGACACGAGUACCGCUUUUCAAUUGAGUUGAUACCCCUCCCCAGUCAGUUGCCACUAUAACCAUCUGCCACAAUGGCUGGUGGUACUGUCAAGUACCGACAUCUGAGUCGCAAUUCAGCAGCCCGUGUGGCCUUGCUGCGCGGUCUGGUCACUCAACUCGUCCAAUUCGAACAUAUCCACACAACUUACGCCAAGGCAAAGGAAGCUCAGCGCAUGGCAGAGAAGCUCAUCACACUGGCGAAGAGGGACAACGAGCCUGCUCGCAGAUCAGCACAGGGUAUCCUAUAUACACCCACCAUAACCCUACCUAAACUGCUAGGCGAGCUGCGAACCCGAUAUUUGACCCGAGAGGGAGGCUAUACUCGCGUCGUGCGCACCGAGUCCAAGAACACAUAUGAUCAGGGCGAGAGUGCCAUACUUGAAUUCGUCGACGGCCCAAAGGACUCACGCUUCAUGAUGACUGCCAAGACAGUUGCCCGCGACCGAAUGCUAGGGCAAGAGCAUACUCCUGUCACCAGAACCAAUAUCAAGAAAGUCACACAGUUCCGCGGCGAGGUGCCGUUUGAGGAGAUGGUGCGGAGGUUUAUGAUUUUGAAGACCGGUGAGAAGACUGGACCCUCACGGGAUGAGAGUAGUUUGGCUGAAGUCGAGGCCGAGAAGGCGGCAGACAAGAAUGCCGAGCGGGCAAAGGAAAUGGCCGCUGGCAUCGUACCGGAGUCGGUGAGAAAGGCGGCGCAACAGAAGAACUCGCCAUAGAAGCGACAUGUAUAUCAUAUUACGAAAGAGGUGAAGCUCUGUACAAAAGCUGUAUAAAUUAUUAUAUCAUGACACAA